AUGCACCUCACUGAUUUUAUAGAGAGCAGAUAUUGUCAAGGACUGAGAUUACGACAGGUGGAUAUGAUCCAGGAUGGCAUAGCCGGAAGCUCAGCAACACUGAGCAAAAUGACAAAGAAGCUAAGAAUGGUCUGUAAAAGAGCUUUGAGAAAGUACAAGAGAAAGACAGGACAGUUUGUGGGGGGCAGGACAGAGUUUGUCAUUAUAGAUGAAAGCAACUUCCGUCACAAAAGAAAGUAUAGACGAGGAAGAGCUGGCGAAACAUGGAGAAGAAAAAAGUGGGUCUUUGGUAUCUUGGCCAUUAAGGGUGAUAGAAGACGACCAAUUUUGCGGCUUGUUGAAAAGCACUCAAGAAAUCAUCUGAUUCCAGUGAUAACAAGACACGUUCGCCAGGGAUCAACCAUCUUGAGUGACGAAUGGAAACCCUACAAGAGAGCUCUGACCACACUUGGAUACACUCACUACACUGUGAAUCAUAGCAGGUGGUUUGUUGACCCAGUUCAUGGAGGCCACACCCAGAAUAUAGAACGAGCAUGGUCAACAUAUAAAAACCAGGUCUGGAGGUUGAGAGGCAAUAGGACAGAAAAGCUGUUGAAGGAACACUUGACAUGCAUUGAGUGGACAUACUGGCUUGGACACAGCCACCGUGAUGGUCCUCUAGGACGUUUGCCAUCAAGCACAUCUUACCCUCACAUGAUCCUCCUCCUGCCACCCAUCCAUCGAGGGCCGGCCAACAGCCUGCUCGUCGCUGUGGUCGCCCCCCCUGCGUCCUCCACUGCAGCUCUGUCCCGCGCUGAGACGACAUCAAAACCGGCACGUCGAGCUCUACGCAGGAAGCUCCCCCCAUGUCACAGGCUGGCGCUAAGUCCUCAAAGAAGACCUGCCUGA